CAGCCUCCCUCCCGGCCGCACGUAGCUCAGGCUCUCCCGCCGCGGCGCGCGCCUCUCGGUUGCUCCGCUCCGGCCCUCGCCUGUCUACCGCCGUCAUGCCGAUGUUCGUCGUGAACACCAACGUCCCCCGCGCCUCGGUGCCGGACGGACUCCUCUCCGAGCUAACCCAGCAGCUGGCGCAGGCCACUGGGAAGCCGCCCCAGUACAUCGCGGUGCACGUGGUCCCAGACCAGCUCAUGGCCUUCGGUGGCUCCAGCGAACCUUGCGCGCUCUGCAGCCUGCACAGCAUCGGCAAGAUCGGCGGUGCGCAGAACCGCGCCUACAGCAAGAUGCUGUGCGCGCUGCUUGCCGAGCGUCUGCGCGUCAGCCCGGAUCGGAUCUACAUCAACUACUACGACAUGAGCGCGGCCAACGUGGGCUGGAACAGCUCCACCUUCGCCUAAGGCGCCCGACGACUCCGUUGACGACACGCCUGCACUGGCCUGGCCCAGGCAGGCCUCACCUCUGUCAGUGUUGUAUCCCCCGCUCCCGGCGACCCCACGUCCGGGUCUGGGGAAAUAAACGGUUUGGACACCACGGGCUUCCUUGGUUGCUGACGAAU